GUACUGUGUUCAAGAUCAUAUGCCUGGGAGAUCUGGCCUUCCCUAAAGACACCUAAUACAAGGGAGUCUGGCUCGCGUGGGUUCCUGAUCGGUGCUGCCUCGUCUCUCAGGCCUGGAGUUCCCGGCAGAGGGGGGGUUAAAGGCCGAGGUCUCUGUCUCUUCACUCCCCUCCCCUCCCUCACUUCAGCAUCUCCAUAAAACCGGAGCCACUGUUCUGCUGACCCCAUGGUGGUGGUUCCUCUCCCGCUCCAAACAGCUGGAGGACAGGGAGCACAGGCCCAGGGCCAGCUGUCCACAGCCCCUUCUUCCCCCACCAACACGAAGGGUUGGGCUGGGUCCAGUACCAUGUCUGCUAACAAGGACUGGGGGGCGCCACCCGAGGUGGAGGGCAGCGUCUCUGCCAAGUUGCUGAGGAAGUCCAGGGAGUCACCGCUGGUACCCGUGGGCCUGGGGGGCUGUCUGGUGGUGACAGCGUAUGGCAUGUACCGGCUAAAGGCCCGAGGCCCUCUCAAGAUGUCCCUACACCUGAUCCACACCAGAGUAGCAGCUCAGGCCUGUGCUGUGGGAGCCAUCAUGCUGGGUGCGGUGUACACCAUGUACUGUGACUACAUCAAGAGAACAGCACACGGUGGUGAGGAGAAGUAGGAGCCACAUGGAGCUGGGACAGUCAGAUUCCCUUAAUGAGCCCCUUGUAUGCUUCCCAAUAAAGUGCUUCUGAGGAUA